AUGGCCGCCGUCGAGGCAGGGGCGCAGGCCACGUUCGGAGCUUGGGACUACGGGGUCUUCGCUCUCAUGCUGCUGGUGUCCACCGGCAUCGGGCUAUGGGUCGGGCUAGCCCGGGGCGGGCAGCGCAGCGCCGAGGAUUUCUUCACCGGGGGCCGGCGCCUGACUGCCCUGCCCGUUGGCCUCUCGCUGGCCGCCAGCUUCAUGUCGGCCGUACAGGUGCUGGGCGUGCCGGCCGAGGCCUACCGCUACGGCCUCAAGUUCCUCUGGAUGUGCCUGGGACAGCUGCUCAACUCUCUGCUCACUGCCCUGCUCUUCCUGCCGGUCUUCUACCGCCUGGGCCUCACCAGCACCUACCAGUAUCUGGAGCUGCGCUUCAGCCGCGCUGUGCGGCUCUGCGGGACACUGCAGUACCUGGUGGCUACAAUGCUGUACACUGGCAUCGUGAUCUACGCCCCCGCGCUCAUCCUGAACCAAGUGACAGGGCUGGAUAUCUGGGCAUCGCUCCUGUCUACCGGAGUCAUCUGCACCUUCUACACUACUGUGGGCGGCAUGAAGGCUGUGAUCUGGACCGACGUGUUUCAGGUCUUAGUGAUGCUGAGUGGUUUCUGGGUUGUCCUGGCUCGUGGAACUAUGCUCGUGGGUGGACCUGGGCAAGUACUUGAGCUUGCCAAGAACCACUCCAGGAUCAACCUGAUGGACUUUGACCUGGACCCAAGGAGCCGCUACACAUUCUGGACUUUUGUUGUCGGUGGCACAUUGGUGUGGCUCUCAAUGUAUGGUGUGAACCAAGCACAGGUGCAGCGCUACAUGGCCUGUCGCACGGAGAAACAGGCCAAGCUGGCCGUGCUCAUCAACCAACUGGGCCUGUUCCUGAUCGUGUCCAGUGCUGCUGCCUGUGGUAUCAUCAUGUUCACGUUCUACCUUGACUGUGACCCUCUCCUGGCAGGGCGUAUCUCUGCCCCAGACCAGUACAUGCCCCUGAUGGUGCUGGACAUCUUCGAGGACCUGCCUGGAGUCCCUGGGCUCUUUCUGGCCUGUGCCUACAGUGGCACCCUCAGCACUGCAUCCACCAGCAUCAACGCCAUGGCUGCCGUCACUGUGGAGGACCUCAUCAAACCUCGGCUGCCGAGUCUGACCCCCCGGAGACUUGUCAUCAUCUCCAAGGGGCUGUCGCUCAUCUACGGCUCGGCCUGUCUCACUGUGGCAGCUCUGUCCUCCCUGCUGGGGGGCGGUGUUCUCGAGGGCUCCUUCACCAUCAUGGGAGUCAUCAGCGGCCCCCUCCUAGGAGCCUUCAUCCUGGGAAUGUUCCUCCCCGCCUGCAAUACGCUGGGCGUCCUGUCCGGGCUGGCGGUGGGCUUGGCGCUGUCGCUGUGGGUGGCCGUGGGUGCCACUCUGUACCCGCCUAGCGCACAGUCCAUGGGGGUCCUGCCUUCAUCGGCCGCCGGCUGUGCUGUGCCCUCGGCCAACGCCUCUGGCCUCCUAGACCCGCUUCUCGCCGCCAACGCCUCCAGCAGGGCCUCCAGCCUCGAAAUGGACCCUGAUCAACACACCUUGGCUGACAGCUUCUACGCCAUUUCCUAUCUCUAUUAUGGUGCCCUGGGCACACUGAGCACCGUGCUAUGUGGAGCCCUCGUCAGCUGCCUGACGGGCCCCACCAAGCGCAGUGCCCUGGGUCCUGGUCUGCUGUGGUGGGACCUCACACGGCAGACGGCAUCUGUGGCCCCUAAGGAAGAAGUGGCCACCCUGGAUGACAGCUUGAUGAAGGGUGCUGAAGAAUUGCCCCCCGGAGCCAAGAGGCCUCCUGACUUCCUGCUCACUGACGAGGACCAUCAGCUCUUCCUGGGUCAGAAGGAGAUGAAUGGAGCUGGCUCCAGGACCCCAGGCAGUGAACAUGACAAAGGUCUUGACCUGCGAGAGACAGACCUCUGAGACAGUCAGGGACUGACCGCCUGGGAUGGAACCCCAGGGGAGCC